AUAUUACAAGUUGUGUAAUCAAGUUAACUUUUAUGUGUUCAUUACGGGAUAUUUAUUUAAAUUAACGACUUCAUGUGUGAUUGGUUUGCUCCCCAUUUGGCUAAAGCUAGCGUUAAGUUGCUAAGACAAAUUUCAUAAUUGCUAAUACUUACAUAUUUAGCAUUUAACCAGUUAAUUUUCACCGUGCUUUGCAAAGGUGAAUGUGAGAAAUGGGCAAAGAGAAGGAGCCCAAAGGAGACAAGAAAGCUAAGCACAAGUCCAAAAAAGGGGAAAAGUCCGGAGACCGUGAAUGCAGCAACGCUGAAGGGGACAACGCUGCGUUCAAAAACAGCACAAAGCGGACUAAAUCUACAGAACGGACAGAAAAUGGAAUGGUUCAGAAGAAGGUCAAACCACCUGAAACAAAGACGAAGGUGCUGGAGUGCACCAAUGGCGUCAGUGAACUUGUGAAACAGGAGCCAGAUGUUGAAGACUUUACUGAAAAGAAGAAGAAAGGGGUCAAACGGAAAAUACUUGAGGAUGAACCCAAUGCAGACUCGUCCCAUCCCAGUGCUAUACCUUCCUUGAAGAAAAAAAGGAAGAAACAUAAGGAGGAGGAAGAAGGUGAGGAAGAAGCUCUUACGAAGGCAAAGAAGAAAGAGGAAAAGACGGUGAAGAAAGAGGAGGAUGGGGAGGUACCUGUUUCCAAAAAGCGGAGAAAGACAAAGCAGGAAAUUGAGGAGGCAAAACAACUGAAACUUAAAAAGAAGGAAGAAGAGGAGCAGAAUCGCUGGCGAUGGUGGGAGGAAGAGAAGUAUGAAGAUGGGGUAAAAUGGAGGUUUCUUGAGCACAAAGGACCCUACUUCCCUCCUGAGUACCAGCCUCUACCAGACAAUGUUCACUUCUACUAUGAUGGUAAGGCGGUGAAGCUGAGCCUUGCGGCAGAGGAGGUGGCUGUAUUCUUUUCCCAGAUGCUGGAUCAUGAGUACACCACUAAGAACGUGUUCUGUGAGAACUUCUUCAAAGAUUGGAGAAAGGAAAUGACUGAUGAGGAGAUGAUGCUGAUUAAGGAUUUAAAUAAAUGUGACUUUAAAGAGCUCCAUGCCAUGCAUAAAGCCAAAGUGGAAGCCAGGAAAAACAUGACCAAGGAGGAGAAACAGGCUUUGAAAGAGGCUAACCAGAAAAUAAUAGAUGAGUACGGCUACUGCCUGCUGGAUCACCACAAGGAGCGCAUUGGCAACUUUAAAAUUGAACCUCCAGGGCUUUUCCGGGGUCGAGGCGAGCAUCCUAAACAGGGCAUGCUGAAGAAAAGGAUUCAACCCGAGGACGUCAUCAUCAACUGCACCAAAGAAUCUCAGAUUCCAGUGCCACCUGCAGGUCACCACUGGAAAGAAGUGCGACACGACAACACUGUGACAUGGCUGGCUAGCUGGACUGAAAAUAUCCAGGGCUCCAUUAAAUACAUCAUGCUCAAUGCCAACUCGAAACUCAAGGGAGAAAAGGACUGGGAGAAAUAUGAAGUUGCUCGGAAACUCAAAACGUGUGUGGAUGAUAUCCGUAACCAGUACAACCACGACCUGAAAUCCAGACAGAUGGUCACACGCCAAAGGGCCGUAGCCCUCUACUUCAUAGAUAAGCUGGCACUGAGAGCUGGUAAUGAGAAGGAGGAGGGCGAGACUGCAGACACAGUGGGUUGCUGUUCACUCCGAGUUGAGCACAUCACACUCCAUGAGCAGCUGGACGGUAACGAGUGUGUGGUGGAGUUCGACUUCCUGGGUAAAGAUUCCAUUCGCUACUACAACAAGGUCCCCGUCAUCAAGAAGGUUUUUAAGAAUAUUAAACUGUUCAUGGACAACAAACAACCCGGAGACGAGCUUUUUGACCGUCUAAAUACGGCCAUGCUGAACAAACACCUGAGUUCCCUGAUGCCAGGUCUGACGGCGAAGGUCUUCAGGACGUACAACGCCUCCAUCACCCUGCAGCAGCAGCUCAAAGUGCUCACAAACAAAACUGACAACGUGGCAGAGAAGCUUCUGUCCUACAACAGGGCAAACAGAGCAGUUGCAAUUCUCUGUAACCACCAGCGGGCACCACCAAAGACCUUUGAGCAGUCUAUGGCUAAUCUGCAGAAAAAGAUUGAUGCUCGGAAGGAGCAGCUGGCUCUGGCCAAGACAGAACUGAAAGAGGCCAAGAAGGAAGCAAAGUCCAAAGGCAGCUCGGAUCCCAAACUGCAGGCGUUGGUGGAACGUAAACAAGCUGCGGUGAAGCGAUGUGAGGAGCAGCUGCUGAAGAUGGAGGUCCAGGCAACAGACAGGGAAGAGAACAAGCAAAUUGCUUUGGGAACCUCCAAACUUAACUACCUGGACCCACGUAUCACCGUGGCGUGGUGUAAGAACAUGGAGGUGCCCGUGGAUAAAAUCUACAAUAAAAGCCAAAGAGAAAAGUUUGCAUGGGCCAUCGACAUGACAGAGGCUGACUUUGAGUUCUAAAUGCACUUUGAAAAGCUUCAAUAUGUUUCAGUAAUCUUUUCAAAUUAUGUGCUUGAAGAAUUCACUGAUAAUGAUCUCACAGGUGUCACAGUCUGUGGCACUUUUUGUUACCUCUUUGUUUCUGUUUGGUGUUCGUGACACAUUGGUUCAAAGAUAAUAGUCCAUUUAUUUUCAGUUGUAACAUUUGCAUCAUUGUGAAUAAAAGUCUAUCAUGCAAUGAAGUAAUAAAUGUCUAAAAUAUU